GCCAGUGGAUCGUACAGCUCUGUAAUGCUUUGUGGAAGUAUAGGACUGCUACCUGACCUGAUUACACCCUGAGGUGAAGAAAUCCCACAGUGAAUCUCAUGUUCCAGACCCUUCAGACGCCAGGUCUAUGGAAAUGCAGGACCUAGCCAGUCCUCAUAACCGUGUGGGAGGUGGAGAUUCAACGGGCUCCAAGCUGGACAAGAACAACCUUGGCAGCCCCUCCAUCACCACCAAUGGAACAGGAGGUGAAAACAUGACAGUUCUAAACACGGCUGAUUGGCUGUUGGGCUGCAGCAGCCCGCCCCCCGCCCCCAGCUCCAAGGACUAUGUGAAAACAGAGCCUAUGAACAACAGCGAUACAGUCACUACGACAGGCGACACAGCACUGGACACGUAUGCAGGCUCAGUAAUCACCAGCAGCGGGUACAGCCCUCGUUCAGCACACCAGUACUCCCCUCCGCUCUACCCAUCAAAGCCCUAUCCUCACAUUCUCUCCACGCCGGCAGCCCCACCCAUGCCCACGUACGCCGGUCAACCCCAGUUCAGCAGCAUGCAGCAGUCGUCCGUCUACACCGCUUACUCCCAGACAGGACAGGCAUACGGACUGUCCUCCUAUGACCUCGGUGUGAUGCUGCCAGGCAUAAAGACGGAGAGCGGCCUGGCUCAGAGUCAGUCUCCUCUGCAGACAGGCCUCAGCUACAGCCCCGGCUUCACCACACCUCAGCCCGGUCAGACUGCAUACUCGCCCUAUCAGAUGCCAGGUUCCAGUUUCACCCCUUCCUCAGGCCUCUACGCCACCAACAACUCAGUGUCCAACCCCGCCAACUACACUGCCACACAGCAGGAUUAUCCCUCAUAUACGACGUUUGGCCAAAACCAGUAUGCCCAGUAUUAUUCCGCCUCCACUUACGGGACUUAUAUGACCUCCAACAGCGUGGAUGGCACAGGCUCCACGGCGGCUUACCAGCUGCAGGAUCCCGCUCCUGCCAUGACCGGACAGGCUGCUGAACUUCACCCAGGGGACUUUGAUACAGUGCAGAGCCCCUCCACGCCCAUCAAAGAGCUGGAUGACCGAGCCUGCCGGAGUGGGGGGUCCAAGUCCCGGGGCAGGGGCCGCAAGAACAACCCCUCCCCUCCCCCUGAUAGUGACCUGGAGAGGGUGUUUGUGUGGGAUCUGGACGAGACAAUAAUCGUCUUCCACUCUCUGCUCACGGGCUCCUACGCACAGAAAUAUGGCAAGGACCCUCCUAUGGCAGUAACGCUGGGUCUGAGGAUGGAAGAGAUGAUCUUCAACUUGGCUGACACACACUUAUUCUUUAAUGACCUGGAGGAAUGUGAUCAGGUACAUAUUGAUGAUGUGUCAUCAGACGACAAUGGCCAGGACUUAAGUACUUACAGUUUUGCAACUGAUGGCUUCCAUGCAGCUGCAACCAGCGCCAACUUGUGCCUGGCUACGGGUGUCCGCGGCGGGGUCGACUGGAUGAGGAAAUUGGCCUUCCGCUACCGACGAGUCAAAGAGAUGUAUAGCACGUACAAAAACAAUGUGGGGGGUCUGCUGGGUCCUGCUAAAAGAGACGCCUGGCUGCAGCUCAGAGCGGAGGUGGAGGCUCUGACCGACUCCUGGCUCACCCACGCACUCAAGUCUCUGUCCAUCAUCAGCUCCAGGAGUAACUGUGUAAACGUGUUGGUGACCACAACGCAGCUCAUACCAGCGCUGGCUAAAGUUCUCUUGUAUAGUCUGGGAUCGGUUUUCCCCGUCGAGAACAUUUACAGUGCAACAAAAAUAGGCAAGGAGAGCUGUUUUGAGCGUAUAGUCUCCCGCUUUGGCACUAACAUUACAUAUGUUGUGGUUGGCGAUGGGAAGGAUGAAGAGCAUGCGGCCAGCCAGCACAACAUGCCUUUCUGGAGGAUAUCCAGUCACUCUGACCUGCUGGCACUACACCAAGCACUGGAGUUUGAGUACCUGUAACUAUAAUAGCAAUAUGGACUCAUGCAAUGUUACCGCAGACAUGGUCA